CAUUUGAAAAACUUAGGAUACCCUGCAAGAGACAAUCAGAAUCCACAUCAGACAAUGGAAAUUCUGCGAAUACGAUUCAGUUCUUGGACACCAAUUGAAAACAAAUCGCUUAACAAUCAGCUUUAUCAGGAAAGAAUCAGACUUAUAAGCCACUGGUUCGACUUGUGGACAGACAAACAACGCAAGCAAUAUCUCUUCUUGAUAUUGAACAAGUGCAGUAAGUCACAGCUGAAGUGUGUUGAAAAAUGGCUUGCAGAAAACCUCCCACUGACCCACAUAGAUUUCACCACUCUGCUGCCACGUUUCAUAUCUCUCUAUAUAUUCUCCUUUCUCAGUCCGAGGGACCUUUGUGCUGCAACCCAAAUCAAUUGGCACUGGAAAUUUUUAACUGAACAGGACUGUCUGUGGAUGCCAAAAUGCCUUAAGUUAGGAUGGUUUCUUCCAUACGUUCCUGAAAAGAAUGAAUAUGGCGCUUGGAAGCAAUAUUAUAUUGCCUGUGCAACCAGCCUGGAUUAUCUAACUCCUAGGAAAAUUGCAUACCACAGCACCACCAGUGAUCUCAAAACAAAAACGGAAGAGCAAGAAGAAAGAUGGCAAGCAAAAUGUUGUCAGAAAUUGAUUCGAGGAGGACUGGCAGUACGCAAAAGUCAGUUUUGGUAUUGUGAUAAAAAGAAUAAGAUAAAGAUUCCUCAACAGAAUAAAUCUACAUUAGGGUUCAGACUAGAAGCUGAGAAGCCGCUCAUUUUGUCAUCUGGGAAAUCUCUACCAGAAAGAUUUUGUCAGCCUGUCUCCCAAGGAUACCCCAAUGGGAUGCAUUCGCUUCAUCCACACCUGGUCUUGAUAUCCUCCCUCAUUCCUGCAUAUGAGAUGGUUGUGGACAGUGUUAAGCUUGGCGUGGUUCUGGUAGUCUACGAACAUACUGGGACCACACUGGAAAGCCUUAUUCAUUCUGUAGAAAGGGCCUUGGAUGGCCAAAUAGCAAAGAGUAUUGGGAUAAUUAGCGAUGGAGAUUCCAGAGAAAUUAACUUACUUCAAGGUUACAAAAUCAACGCUCCAAAUCUUAAACCUGAGAUGGGAGAGUUUUGGAAGCGCUUAAAACGUUGCAUUAUCUCUCCGGAAGAAGGUGGAAGCAUAGACCUCUUUGUUCCUCUGGCAGCUUCAGAGGCAGGAAAAGAGAUACUUUCACAGCUGACUCAUCUAACUGGAGCAUUCUUCAGGACUCCUACAGGAAUAGCUACGGGGUCUUAUCAGCACAUCCUCAGUGAAUGGCUGGGAAAUCAGAAAGAAAGCUUUCCUCCGUUUGUCUACCUCACUGAAGUAAAACUGCAGAUAUGGCUCAGAUUCACCGAGCUUCUAGAAGAGACACUGGAUGUUGUCAGGAAAAAGCUGAGUCCAUAUUUUUUUGAUUUGCAAAAGAACAUGGUUGGCAAAAUUCUUGGUCAAAUUAUGUUUAAUACUAUGAGUUGGUCCAAUAUUCAAGACAAUGAAAGAAUAAUCCAGACUUUGGCUAAUGGAUUAGUUGAACUCUCAAGAGGAAACCACGAAAACCCUCUGGAAUUUCUAUCAUCUUUCCUCAUGAAGAAAUGUAAGAACGGAGAACCUGGAGACCAGGAUUUCUUGACUGAGGGCACUUCAGAAUCAGGGCUUGCUGUGCUAUUUAAGAUAGAUAAACCUCAAAAUGUGAUAGAGAGGCGCCAAAGCUUUGCCAAAGAACUUCUCUUGAGUGAGAGUAACUACGUGCACAUUCUGGAAAUUGUGAAAGAUGUCUAUGUUAAACCAUUAAAAGCAGCAUUGGCAUCCCAUCAGGCCAUCCUAAGUGAUAUAAGUAUUCAGCUCUUCUUUUCUGAUGUCUUGGACAUUUUACAAGUAAACAGGUGUUUUUUAGCUGAGUUAACACGAAGGCUUAAUGAAUGGAGCCCUGCCCAAAAUGUAGGAGACAUAUUCAUUAAGUUGGGCCAGCAGUUUCAAACCUAUACAGACUUUUUCAACAACUAUGCAGUGACUCUGAAAACUAUAGAUAAGUGCCGAGAAACUAUUCCAGUAUUCCGUGCUUUCUUGAAGAGACAUGAUCGGACUGUUGUUACCACCAUGAGAAGCUUACAAGAACUUCUGCUCUGCCCUUCUAAGAGGGUCAAAGAAUACAUCACUCUCCUCUGUGCUCUUAGACUUCAUACUCCUCAAGAACACACUGACCAUGAAGACUUGGCCACUGCAAUUAAGCAAAUGAAACAACUCAAUGAUUACAUAGACCAGUUGAAACUGAAUGUGGGCAGAAAUGAUCAGCUAUUGAGUGUGCAACAAUGCAUCCAAGGAGGUCCUCAGUUAUUGAAAGCCAACAGAUAUCUAAUUAUGGUGCAAGAUGUGGCCCAGCUAAAUUGUUCUCAGAAAAUGAGUUUGCCAUUCAGGUUGUAUGAGCAUAUCCACGAUCUUAGGCUUUUCCUGUUCAAUGAUAUCCUUGUUAUUUCACGACGCAAUGUCUCCUAUGAGCCCUUUGAACGAAUCCCCAAGGUCACGUACCAGUUUUUGGCUACAAUCAUGCUCCAUCAGCUCCAGAUUGAAGACGUUCCAGAUUCUAAAUAUAUCAAGAAUGCUUUUCUUUUACAAGGGCCCAAGCAGCAAUGGAUUUGUUCUACAGAUGAAGAGAAGUUUGUAUGGCUUUCUGAAUUACGAAAAGCAUCAGCUGUAGCAUCAGUGGGGAUGUAAACUGAAUAAGGUAAUCCUCAAUUUAAUGACUCCAUUUGGGACUGACAACUCAGACAUUAAGUGAAGCAGUUGCUAUGCGAAAUCCAUGUCUGUGUUUAUGAUCUUAUUUUAAAUGUUUUCCUUUGUUUUAUACACCUAGAAGAGUUGUAAAUGCCAUGAUUGGUCAGAAAGUUUUCAUCCCUGUUGUUAACUGCAAAUGGUUGCUAAACAAGGACUACCUGUAUGCUUUUUUUUUUUUUUUUUUUUACAUUUAUACCCCGCCCUUCUCCGAAGACUCAGGGCGGCUUACAGUGUAUAAGGCAAUAGUCUCAUUCUAUUUGUAUAUUUUUACAAAGUCAACUUAUUGCCCCCCCAACAAUCUGGGUCCUCAUUUUACCUACCUUAUAAAGGAUGGAAGGCUGAGUCAACCUUGGGCCGGGCUCGAACCUGCAGUAAUUGCAGGCUUUGUGUUCUUAAUAACAGGCUGUUCUUAAUAACAGGCCUUACCAGCCUGCGCCAUUCACCGGCCCCUUUACAUGCUUUACAUGUAUACUGCUCAUGAUUUAAUGUUGUGGAUGUGACCAUUAACUGCAAUAACUUUAUUAUAAGCAAAUUUAGUGUGAAAUAAAUAUAUACAAUAAUUUUUAUCAUAGGAGCGUGUGGUUGAGUCAUAGGAUAUGAACAUGAUUAAUAAAAUAGACAUCAGAAGUUUUUUUAAGAAAUACUUCCUUAUCACCAAAAAGAUACAGCUUGUCUGAUUUUGGACUUCAAAAUCAGUCAAAAAUUUAGAUCACUAUCACUAUGCUCUCAUCUGUAUCUUGCACAAGCACUUGGCAUCUGCAACCCUUAUACUAGUUCGUGCUGGAGGAAAUCUCCAAACUAAAUAUUGUAUAAGAGAUGGAAUCUUUGGAUUUGAAUAUGAGAAUGUCAGGAUUGAGCAUGAUACUAUAUGGCAGGCGCACACUGUAUCAAAGUGCUCAUGCGCUUCAAAAUAAAGUCUGAGAAUAAAGUGGUUUUGUUUCAAUGACUGAAUAUAAGGGAUAUAACUACCUUUCUAGUCCUUUCAUACAUAGAAACAUGUUUUCAUGCAAAAGAAAAUGUUUAGAAAAACAAAUUACAUUUGCUAUGACUUGAUAUUCUGUUUAUGCCAUACAACAUGUAGAAAGAGAUUAAUGAACCAUUAAUGUAACUGUAUGAUGCAUUAUACGUUAUUUUAAUAUAUUGUUUUUGCUUGUUCCUAAAUGUUUGAUAUUUUUUGCUAAAAAGUUUCUUUCCAAUUUUUAUGAGUGAAUAUAGAACGAUCAGUAGCAUAUAUGAUCUUAGAUUAGUAGAAAUUCUGCAAGCAGACAAAUUCUGGUUCCCUCAGAAUACUAAAUGUGUCCUUUUUUUUAAUCCUAUCAUAAUGAAUGAAUCCACC